AUGGCAUCUCUGGAAAUAAGUGAGGACGAUUCAACCUUGAAUGCUCCAAAACACAAAGAUCAUGAGUAUGAUACCAAAGAUAUCGACCCAGAGGAAGAGUCACCGGUAGAACAAGUGAGACUGACAGUCUCAAACCAUGAUGAUCCUUCCCUUCCAGUAUGGACUUUCCGGAUGUGGUUUCUUGGACUCUUAUCAUGUGUACUUCUUUCUUUUCUCAAUACUUUCUUCGGCUAUAGAAGCCAACCACUUACCAUAACUAUGAUAUCUGCUCAAGUUGCUACAUUGCCGUUAGGCCGUUUUAUGGCAAAAGUCCUACCAAAAAAGAAGUUUAGGAUCCCCGUUGGAUCCAGACAGUUUUCAUUGAAUCCAGGGCCGUUUAACAUGAAAGAGCAUGCGCUAAUCUCUGUAUUUGCUAAUGCUGGCAGUAGCUUUGGUGGUGGAACUGCUUAUGCUAUUGAUAUUGUGACAAUCGUCAAGGCUUUUUAUCACAGGCGUAUUUCAUUUUUGGCUAGUUGGAUUCUUGUCACCACAACCCAGGUAUUGGGAUAUGGUUGGGCUGGGAUUAUGAGAAGAUAUGUUGUGGAGCCUGCACAUAUGUGGUGGCCAUCAAGCCUUGUCCAAGUCUCUCUUUUCAGGGCUCUCCAUGAGAAAGAUAAAAGUCGCAUGUCAAGGGGGAAAUUCUUUGUGAUUGCACUAAUCAGCAGCUUCUCUUGGUACACAUUCCCAGGCUUCCUCAUGCCCAUGUUGACUAACGUGUCAUUGCUGUGCUUGGUAUUUCCCCGCUCUAUCACCAUGCAGCAAAUUGGCUCAGGCUUGAGUGGGAUUGGUAUAGGAUCCUUCUCUCUUGACUGGUCGGCUGUAGCAUCAUUUUUGGGAAGUCCUCUUGUGUCGCCGUUCUUUGCCACCCUCAAUGCUUUCGUGGGCUAUGUGGUGAUAGUUUAUGUCUUGAUUCCUCUAGCUUACUGGAAAUUCAACUUGUACGACGGGAAAACAUAUCCAUUCUUCUCCAGCCAGUUGUAUGAUAACCAGGGGAAGCAUUAUAAUAUAUCAGCUAUUGUGAAUGACAAGUUUCAGCUAGACUUGCCAGAAUAUGAGAAGCUGGGACCUGUGAAUAUGAGCGUGAUCUUUGCUACUACUUAUGCCCUUAGUUUCGCAAAUUUGACCUCUACACUCACUCAUGUUGCUUUAUUUUACGGAAAGGAGAUUAAGGACAGAUUUCAAGCUUCAAGCAAAGGAAAACCAGACAUUCACACAAAACUUAUGAGGAAAUACAAGGACAUCCCCUCUUGGUGGUUUAUGGUCAUGCUUUCACUUGCGUUAGCUCUCUCACUUGUACUUUGCACAGUCAUGAUAGAUCAGGUUCAAUUACCCUGGUGGGGGCUCCUCUUUUCAGCUGGUAUAGCUCUAUUCUUUACCCUCCCAAUAAGCAUCAUCACAGCUACAACAAAUCAGCAACCAGGGCUAAACGUCAUUACUGAGUACGUCUUCGGUUACGUAUAUCCGGGCAACCCUGUAGCCAAUGUUUGCUUCAAAACCUUUGGCUACAUAAGUAUGGGUCAAGCUGUUUCCUUCUUGAAUGAUUUUAAGCUAGGCCAUUACAUGAAGAUUCCGCCAAGGUCCAUGUUCAUCGUUCAGUUUCUUGGAACCAUCAUUGCUGGAACAAUCAACAUUGGUGUGGCUUGGUAUCUGUUGACAAGCAUCGACAACAUAUGCCAAAAGGACCUACUUCCUCCCGACAGUCCUUGGACCUGUCCCGGAAACGAUGUCUUCUACAGUGCGUCAGUGAUUUGGGGUUUAAUAGGACCAAAGAGAAUGUUCGGACCACUUGGAAGGUACUCUGCCCUCAACUGGGCAUUUCUGGCAGGUGCCUUGGCUCCCCUUCUUGUGUGGUUGGUACACAAAGUAUUCCCCAGCCAGAAGUGGAUAAAGCUCAUAAACUUUCCAGUACUUCUUGGGGCAACAGCGAUGAUGCCUCCAGCCAGGGCUGUGAACUACAACGCCUGGUUUGUUUUUGCAUUUGUCUUCAAUUUCUAUGUUUAUAGAUACAGAAAGAAAUGGUGGCAGAGGUACAACUACGUCCUAUCAGCUGCAUUGGAUGCAGGCCUAGGUUUUAUGGGUGUGCUCUUAUAUUUUUGUCUCCAGUACGGAGGUUUUUAUCUUCUGUGGUGGGGAUCUGAGGAAGAUGAUCAUUGUCCUUUGGUCGCAUGUCCAACAGCUAAAGGUAUUGCAGUUGAUGGUUGUCCAGUGCAUUAA